AUGAGGUUGUUACUGAUUUCAGCCUACUUGGGAUUUUUUAUAUGUUAUGCUCAAAACAUUGACGAUAUUAUCAAAGGAGCAGUUGAUGCUGCAAUAAAAGACACUCCGAAAACAAGUACACAGCAAAUAAAUACCAACUUCAAACAGCUUUUGGGGAAUUCUGGACCUGGACAGCAAAGAGCACCAGGAGGAACACCAGGAACACCAGGAAUUGCAGCACAGUCACCACAAGUAUUGCAGACGGCAUCUGGAGUUCCACGAAGAGGGUCCACGCGACGUGCCAACUUGUUCGGAAGACGCAGACCAGUAAGACAGAAAGGCCUGUCCUCGACAAGAGCUGCUACUCUAAUUGAGAAAACAGCUGCAAAUGUACAAAACAUGUCAAUACCAACACGACCGGCUUUAGACGACAAUUUAAGUCGAGGAAUCGCCAAUGGAGUUCAAGCCGCUGAACCUGAGCUAUUUGUUGCUAAAACAAUUGUUUGCAAUCCCUUUGAUAAAUACCGGAAGCCGGAUGGUACAUGUAAUAACUUGUUCCGAACAGACAUGGGAGCUGCAGGGACUCCACAGUCUAGAUUUGUACCACCAGAGUAUGGUGAUCCAUGGAAUCUAGGGUUUUAUCCGCGCACACUUGGAAAAGAUGGAAAUCCACUGCCAGGACCAAGAGAAAUAUCGAACAAGAUUUUUAGAAGUUUACCAUCUUCACCAAAAAGUAGAAAGUUUAAUGUGGCUUUGACACAUUUUGGUCAAUUUAUUGACCACGACGUCGUCGCAACCCCGAUUGAAAUUGAUACUGAUGGCACUGAUAUAGAAUGCUGCAAUGGGAACAUUCCUGUCAUCAGAUCUGAAUGUUUUCCAUUUUCAACACCGCCGGGAGAAUUUUUAUACACCUGUAUGAAUUUUGUUCGUUCAGCGCCAACAUUGACGUAUCCUCCUUAUGCAGGUCCACGACAGCAAGAGAAUGCAAUAACUUCUUGGUUAGAUCUCUCAAGUGUCUAUGGAAGCAGUGAUGAGGAAUUACAAAACCUACGCACAGACGGUGACGACGGUAAGCUGAAAACAGGUUACAAUGAUUUACUGCCAGACAACCCAGCAGAUGAUUCAUGUGCCGACGCAUUUCAAUCAUUAUGUUUUCAUGCAGGUGACCACAGAAAUUCCGAAGUACCACUCCUAACUGUCAUGCAUACUAUUUUCCUACGGGAACAUAAUAGAAUUGCAGAAAGACUAAAACUUGAUCAUGGUUGGGACAACGACAAAAUAUUUAAUGAAGCACGGAAGAUUUUAACAGGAGUUUAUCAACAUAUAGUAUAUAACGAAUUUCUUCCAGCUCUUCUUGGUUUUGAUUGGUCAAUAGCAGUUGGUUUGAUGAGUCAACCACAAGGUCAUAUACAUCUGUAUAGCAGUUUUUUGGACGGUUCAACACGUAAUGCUUUUGGAGCAGCUGCGUAUCGGAUGGGUCAUUCUCUCGUCGGUGAUUCUGUUGGUGCUUCAAAUUCAUUAUUUAACCAGAUUCAAUUUAAAAAACUUCAUGAAACAUUUUUUAACACGGAAACUAUUCGAGAUAGUGCUCAAUAUGGUCCAACACGGAUUGGAAGAUGGAUGUCUUCAACAUAUGAUAGACAGAUGGAUAGAUUUUUGUCUAAAGAAGUAAGGGAUCAUUUGUUUCAAGAUACAAAUAACCCCUUAGAUGCUCUUGACCUUGGAGCACUUAAUAUUCAACGAGGUCGAGAUCAUGGUCUACCAGGAUAUAAUAGAUUCAGACAGUUCUGUGGCCGUUUUCCAGCUGUAUUUUGGACAAAUACACCAGGAGGAUUUGUAGACCAUGAUUACAAAACUGUAGAAAAGCUACAUAGUAUUUACGGGCCGAAUGUAGAUGACGUUGAUCUGUACGUUGGGGCUUUAUCUGAGAGACCAGAAUCACCAAAUACAGUUGUUGGUCCAACAUUUAGAUGUCUAAUUGCCGUACAAUUCCUCUACUAUAAAUAUGCGGAUAGAUUUUUUUAUGAACAUUUUUCCCCAACAACUGGAUUCACACUAGCUCAAGUCAAUGAUAUAAAAAAACAGACCCUUGCUGGAAUAUAUUGCAGAAAUCUAAAUAUAAACAAAAUUCAACCCAAAAUAUUUCUAAACCCAGAUAACACACAAGAUCCAACGAACCGCAUUGAUUGUAAACAUUUACCUGACUUAAAAUUUGAUCUUUAUUAGGAAAUAGUGAUUACUCUGCAGGAGCAAAAUGUAUGUCAUUACCCACAUAUUUCAUGGUUAUAUUAUGUUGAUAUGCGUUUGUGAUUGCUUUUAGUGUUUCUUUUUAUGUUUUUAAUUAUUGGGGGAAUCUAAUUUUAAAUCGUUGCGUUUGAUGAGAAGGACUGUGGAUUAAUGAAGAU